UCAUUAUACCACUUUUCUUUUCAUAAAUCAGCCAUUUUCUUCCAUGUUGAGAGAGCCCCAGAUACAAGGGAGCUGGUUAUAAUCGGGGUGGAUGCCACAAAACCUUUCUUGGAACUAGGAGUAGUUUCAGCCGAUGGAAAAAGAUUAGUUCAUAAAGUUGAUCUCAAAUUCAACAGGUGUUCCCUUUCUCAUGACAUGGGAGCUACGCGGAGCUACAACGUGAUCAUUGAUCAUCCUCUGAUAGUUGACAUAACAAGAGUCAUCAAGGGUGGACAAUUGAUGAAGUAUGAGGAGAAAGCGACUGCCAGGAUUGGAGUGAUGCCUCGUUACGGGAGUGCAGAGUCAGUCAAGUGGUUUGAAGUAGAACCAAACUGCACAUUUCAUAUUGUUAAUUGUUUUGAGGACAGUAAUGAGGUUGUUGUGCGGGGAUGUAAGGCUGUUACAGCCAUCAUACCGGGUCCAGAUUGGGGUCAGGACAAGUUUGAGUGGUUCUCGAAAGGAUUUAAGUCAGAUGAUGCUGAUGGUUUAACAGAAAGUGGGUAUCUCUUGCACCGCGUACAUGAAUGGAGACUAAACGUGGCAACUGGGGAGGUUAAGGAGAAAUAUCUAACAGGUGCUGACUGCUCCAUGGAUUUUCCUUUCAUCAAUGAAGAUGUCACUGGUUUAAAACACAAGUAUGGGUACACACAAGUCAUCGAUUCCUUGGCAAGCUCUAUUUCUGGAAUCUGUAAAUAUGGAUCCGUAGCCAAAUUACACUUUAAUGAAGAAAUCAAUGAACAACCGGUAAAGGCAGAGUAUCAUAAGUUUCCAGAGAACACAUUCUGCACAGGAAGCACCUUUGUGCCUAAACAGGGAGGCGUUGAAGAAGAUGAUGGUUUGAUUAUUACUUUUGUACACAAUGAAGAACGUAAUGUGUCUCAAGUUUAUAUAAUAGAUGCAAAGAAGUUUGAAAGUGAUUCAAUUGCCAUAUUAACUCUGCCCCAGAGAGUGCCUUAUGGUCAUCAUGGAGUCUUUGUUUCCAUGCCAAAUCAAGCUUAGCAUGCCUUCUUUUUUGUACCGAAUAUGACUUUGGUCUUUGCAUGUAAAAUGAUCUCUAGAUUUCUUUUUUUUUUUCCCCUUCAUCUUUUCUAUUUGUUUUUGGGUUGAAAAAGUUGCACAAAGUGAGUUUUACGUGUAACUUCCAAGUUUAAUCGUUUGAUGAUGUGUUUCAGUUUCAAGAAAUUGGAGAC